AUGUCAAUUCAACAAGAACAAUACACAUUUGAUGAUUUAGAUUUAUCCAAUGUACCACCAAUACAAGAUAAUAGUAAUCACAAACUUGAUCAUCAUCAUCCCAGAGAACUAUGUAAAAUUUUAUACUCCAAAGACUAUCUCCAUACCCUAAAAAUAUUUAAUGCUUUACUAAAUUCAAAUGAAUACUCUAAAAGGUCUUUGUACAUCACUAAACAGGUUAUUCAGUUAGUUCCAGCCUAUUAUACUGCUUGGAAUUUCCGUUUCCAUAUUUUACAAAAGUUAAUGGCAUUAUCGGAUACAGAAAAUGAAAUCACUUUGGAUAAAGAGUUGGAUUGGUUGGAUGAAUUUACCUUAAACAAUCCUAAAAACUACCAAAUAUGGUCCUAUAGAGAAUCUUUAAUUAAGGAUACUGUAUCUUUUCCCAAUCAACAUAGCUUAAAAAGAGAAUUGCCCAUUAUUGAAUUAAUGAUUGAUGAUGAUACCAAGAAUUAUCAUGUAUGGUCUUAUAGAAAAUGGUGUGUUAAAUAUUACCAGGACUAUACUAACGAAUGGAAAUUCUGUGACAAAUAUAUAGAUAGAGAUGUUUACAAUAACAGUAGUUGGUGUCACAGAAUGUUUAUCCUAGAAAAUAUGAUCUUGGUUUCCACGCCCAUUGAUCGUUUGUCAUUAAUUGAAAAAGAAACCAAGUAUACUAUGGAAAAGAUAGACUUGGCCCCACAAAAUAUUAGUUCAUGGAACUACUACCGUAGAUUACAACUAUUACUAUUAAAUAACGGUACCGACAACCAUAAAAAAAAUAUUAAUUUACAAAACUCUAUUGAAUUUGCAAACAGAUUUAACACUACGAGCUCUUAUGCACUAGAAUAUUUGGCCUUUGCUUAUUCAGCUUUAGAUUCACAAAAAUAUAGAACACAAAUAUUAGAAAUAUAUCAGUGUUUAGUUACAAAAUAUGAUCCUAUUAGAGCAAAUUAUUGGAAGUAUAAGAUAAGUGAAUUAGAGUAG